AGCUCAACCAUGAAUGGACAAAAUUUCAAUGAAAUGCUCCACGACGAGCAGGUCUUCGCGGAGUUUAUGGUGCCAAAUGCCCAUACUACACCAAAUCUGUGGAGGAUCCAGCAGCAAAAUCAGGAGAAUCAGAUUCCCCAGAAUUUCCAGCAUUUGGAUUUUCAGUAUUUUCAGUACCAGAACCAGAAGCAGGAGGUGGUGCAUGGAGCUCACUGUAUGGGGACUGUUGGGAGCUCCUGGAACGAGCAAGUAGCUGUGAAGAAGCCAAGCAGCUCGCAGAGCAGAAAAGGAGGAAAAAAUAAAGAAGAAGCAAGGGAAAAAAACCAUCAGAAAAACAAAGCUCUCUUGGAAAUGCUAAAUCAAGUGGAUCCGGCCGUAAUUGAUGCUGAAAUUGAAGAACAGAAAGAAAAGCAAAGGCUGAGGAAGAACAGAGGUCGGUACGAUCCAAUUGGAGCACACGGAGCACAACAAGGCACUCGAGGUGUACAGAAUGAAGUACAGUACCACAGGAAUUUCCAGAAUAAUAAUAAUAAUAAUUCUUGAAAUUGUUCAUAAUAUUAACAUUAAACUUAAUAAGAAAAUUAAUAAAUCGGUCGUUUAAAAUA